UAUAUAUAAACCUCAGGUAACUCUCUGCAACUUCUCAUUCUCUUCUCUUUAUCUCUUUUUCAUUCGAGGAAAGACCUCCAAAGAAAAAGAAAUGGUGAAGUUCUCAAAGCAACUGGAAGCUCAAUUGAUUCCAGAAUGGAAGGAUGCGUUUGUGAAUUACUGGCAACUGAAGAAAAACGUGAAGAAGAUAAAGCUAUCGAGAAACAGAGUAUCAAUAGAUAUCCAAGAGGAAGAUGAGUAUGGCUUCUCAAUCUUGGAUCCAAUUCGCUUCAUUGCCAAGAACCUUUCUAACCGAUUCCGUAACGGUAGUCAGAAAAGCAAGAUACUUCAGGUGACGAGUAUUAACCGAGGAGAGGGAGAUGAGGAAAAUAUCUAUCAAACAGAGCUUGCACAGCUCUUUUCUGAAGAAGAUGAGGUUAAAGAGUUCUUCUGGAGAUUGGAUGAAGAGUUAAACAAAGUGAAUCAGUUCUACAAAACCAAAGAACGUGAGUUCAUGGAGAGAGGAGAGAUCCUUAACAAGCAGCUUCAGAUACUCCUUGACCUCAAACAAGUCCUCAAUGAUCAUCACCGGAGAAAUCUCCAAUCCAAAUCGGAUUCCGGAACUCCCACUCGCUCAUCCUCCGGCCGGAGCUCCGACUAUUCAGAAGGCAUGACAGAACUUGAUGAGACACAAUCUGAGGCCUCAACGACGGAUGAUGUGAUCGCAGCCUUUGAGAGAAACGGUGUAAACGUUAUCAGUGCGGCGAUGCGGACAAAGGCGAAGAAGGGGAAGCCUAAGACGGCAGUGAGGAUUGAUAUCCCGGCAACAACACCGACACGAACGAUCACGGCGAUCACAUCGAUGCUUUGGGAAGAUCUAGUGAAUAACCCUAAGAAAGAAGGUCCAGGAGAUUUCAUUAACAGGAAGAAGAUCCAGUGUGCUGAGAAAAUGAUUAGAGGUGCCUUUGUGGAGCUCUACAAAGGGCUUGGCCUCCUCAAGACUUACAGAUCAUUGAAUAUGUUGGCUUUCACAAAGAUACUAAAAAAGUUUGACAAGGUAGCAAACCAACAAGCAUCGGAGGAAUAUUUGAAAGUGGUGAAGAGGUCGCAUUUUGUCAGCUCCGAUAAGGUGGUAAGAUUAUCAGAUGAAGUGGAAUCCAUCUUCACGAAGCACUUUGUAAACAAUGAUAGAAAGAAAGCAAUGAAGUUCUUAAGACCUCAACAACAGAAAGAUUCUCAUAUGAUCACUUUUUUAGUAGGUCUCUUCACUGGUUGUUUUGUGACACUCUUCAGUGUUUAUGCAUUCUUGGCACACUUGUUGGGUAUGUUCUCUUCCAAAACAGAUGCCGGAGGAUAUGUGGAAACCAUCUAUCCUGUUUUCAGCACAUUUGCAUUGCUUAGCUUGCACUUGUUCUUGUAUGGAUGCAACAUUUUCAUGUGGAAGAACACAAGGAUCAAUUACAACUUCAUUUUUGAGUUCUCUCCAAGCACUGCUCUCAAGUACAGAGACCUCUUCUUGAUCUGCACCUCCUUAAUGACUGCAGUCGUCGGAGCCAUGGUUGUUCAUCUCCUCUUAAGAUCCAAUGGUUUCUCACCAACUCAAGUCGAUGCCAUUCCCGGAAUUCUCCUUCUUUUCUUCAUAGGGGUACUCAUAUGCCCAUUCAACAUUUUCUACCGAUCAACCCGAUACUACUUCAUCCGGGUUAUCCGUAACAUUGUUUGUUCCCCAUUGUACAAGGUAUUAAUGGUAGAUUUUUUCAUGGCUGACCAAUUGACUAGCCAGAUUCCAUUGCUGAGACACAUGGAGUCUACAGCUUGUUACCUCCUUGCAGGUAGCUUCAAAACUCAUCAAUACCAGACCUGCCAUUCUAGCAAGACAUACAGGGAGCUUGCUUAUGUUAUUUCAUUUUUACCAUACUAUUGGCGUGCAAUGCAGUGUGCAAGAAGAUGGUUUGAUGAAGGUGAUGUAAAUCACUUGGCUAAUUUGGGGAAAUAUGUAUCGGCAAUGGUAGCAGCCGGUGCGCGGUUGACAUUUGUAAUGCAGCCUACCUUGCUUUGGAAGGUCAUGGUCAUAGCUACCUCCUCUAUAGCAACAAUCUAUCAAUUAUAUUGGGAUUUUGUUAAAGAUUGGGGAUUCCUCAACCCUAAUUCCAAGAACCCAUGGCUUAGGGAUGAACUAAUCUUAAAGAACAAGAGUAUCUACUAUGUUUCCAUUGUCAUAAAUUUGGUUCUAAGAUUAGCUUGGGUAGAGACUGUCAUGCAUUUUAAUCUCGGAUCGGUUGAGUAUCGCCGGUUGCUCGACUUUUUCUUGGCCUCACUUGAGAUAAUCCGGCGCGGGCAUUGGAAUUUCUACAGGUUGGAGAAUGAGCAUUUGAACAAUGUUGGCAAGUUUAGGGCAGUUAAGACGGUUCCUUUACCGUUCCGCGAGACAGAUUCAGAUGACUGAAAGGACAUUAUAAGUCAUAGACAUGUACAGAAGUCCCAAGACAUACAGAAGAAGGCAUUCAAAGUUUGGUUUCAUGUUAUGAGAAUGAAGAACAUUUUCUUUGACAAUGGAACUAUGCCUUUGCUCAUCUUAAGCUGAGUGUGAAGGAAAACUUGAACAGCAAGGUUCCUAAUUUCAGUGAAAGAUGAGCUAUGCCACUUCACUUGUUUGUCUUGUUGAUAUCUUUUGUACAUUAGAUCAUUUCUUCAAGAUUUAAUUGUAAUUGUUAAUGUUCAAUAGGAAGUGUUCCU